UAAUGGACAGUCAGCCGUGUGGUGUGUGUGUGUGUGGUUGACGUGGAUGUGAUGAGGGGACAGGUCGGACACUGAUAAAGACGGUAACUAGCUAGUAAAGGAGUGCACGGGGAAAGAUGAAGACUGACAUUAGGCCAAAGACAGGUGAAGAUGACAGCUGUUAUUGACUUUAUUUUUGCCAUUGACAGUGUGUGAAUACCACUUUGACGCCAAGAUUCUGCAGAAACCAGUAGAUCUGCACAGAGCAACAUACACAUAAUCUGUAGGCUGGCCAGGUGUAAGCUACAGGUUUAGGCACAGAUGCGUAUACAUGGGACAGGUCCAGGCAAACAAACAGGUAUUGGGGAUGAAGGAGAGCGGGCAGGUACCAGGUACCUGACGAACCCCUUGGCUCGGGAGUGUUUGGGAGAGCUGAUGGGAACAUUUGUUCUGCUGAUGUUUGGCUGUAGUGCAUCAGCCCAGGUGAAGACCAGUAGAGAGACUAAGGGACAGUACCUCUCAGCCAACAUGGCCUUCUCUGUAGGGGUCAUGUCUGCCAUGUACCUCUGCAAGGGGGUCUCAGGUAAACCCUACUACACCUUUCAUCCCAAACCAACACCCAUCCCAAUGGCGCCCUGGGUGAAGCUGCUCCCAUACACUCUGUGUCAGGUGCUGGGAGCUUACCUGGCCUCUGGCCUGGUCUUCCUGGUCUACUAUGAUGCUAUCAUGGACUUCAGUGGAGGGAAUUUGACAGUGUAUGGGGCUAAUGAAACGGCGUCCAUCUUUGCCACCUAUCUCUCAGAGCACCUAUCUCUCAGAGCACCUAUCUCUCAGAGCACCUAUCUCUCAGAGCACCUAUCUCUCAGAGCACCUAUCUCUCAGAGCACCUAUCUCUCAGAGCACCUAUCUCUCAGAGCACCUAUCUCUCAGAGCACCUAUCUCUCAGCAGCAGCAUCCUAGAUCAGGUCAGACCAAUAUGAUACAGUACGAAGCAGGAACGGAUGAUGGUGUGUUGUCACUAACUCAAAAGGCACUCACUCAUCUGAGCCAUCUUUGUUGCAGGUGAAUGGUAACAGCUGAAUAAGAUGAGAAAAAGAGGAAACCCGCACACUGAUGUUGAUAGUAUCACUGCUCUUUAAAAACGUUACAUAUCGGCCUCAAGGCCUUCCUCAGAGUGUUUGGCCUUCGUCACUAACCUCCACAGCUACAAAGUCAUAAACCCUGCCUAUUUUCCUAAAUUUCUCUUCUUAAAAUGAGAUUUUAAACCUAACCCUAACCUUAAACCACACUGCUAACCUUAUGCUUAACCCUAACCUUAAAUUAAGAUUACAUUAUCAUUAACUCACUAGCUUUAAG